GAUUGUAUUAACUUGAGAACGAAGAACAGUGGAUACAAGGAAAAAACAAAGGAAUUUGAUAAUCGAGGAAGAGGAGUUUGGUAAGAAAAGAAAACCCAAAAGGAGGGCUACUCUUCUCUUCUCUUUUUUCUCUCUACGAGCGUUUUCUGCAAACCCCUUUGGUUGUUUGGGGCGAGAUUUUGAUUCUGGGAUCCCUCUUUUUGCCAAGAUUUUCUAGGGUUUCAUUUCUAUUUGUUGAUUUUUUGCUUUAAGGGUGAGUGAAAGAUGGGAACAGAGGUUUUGAGGCCGCAAGAUUUGUUGGCUGACAGAUUCCGUGCGCCUCCGGCGUCGUUUCAGCGCCGGAGGAAUUUUCCCGGCAACGGAAACUUGACCAACUUGAUUGUUAACCGGAAGCCAAGCUACAACAACACGGGCUACAAGAAGACGUCUCCCAGGCCCGAAAAGAAAAAAAUCAACGCCGCAGGGGAUAACGGCGGAACAAAGAAAGCAACCCAGGGCUUCGCCGUCUCCGAUACACGGCGGAGGGACGACGGCACCAACGGAGGCCCCCAUGUGACGAUUUUGAGAAGAGGGCAGUCGCUGGAUUUGUGCAGCCCGAAAACGAGGGGUGGAAGUAACAGAUUAAAGUCUCCGAGACAGAAACCGAUCGACGACCUGGCGGUUAUCAGCACCCGGAGAAGCGGACCGCCGUCUCCGGUAAAUGUGCCGAAGCAGAUCCGCCUGUCCCCGCCGCCCCUUUCCGACGUGUACGCGGGAUCGGCUUGUUCCCAGUCGCCGUCUCCUCGAUCACUACCUUUACCUUCUUUUUUCAACAAGAAACAGCAAAAUGACAGCAUCGACGAGUCGUACGAUGAUUCAGCAACUAGAGACUUAAGGCGUCUGCUUCGUCUCGAUUGACAUCCAUCACUCUUCAGUUCAAGUUUGGAAGUUCGCUUUUUUGGGCUCUGAAUCUUCCGGGCAUCCUAAAUUCCACCCGUAGAUAUUUUUUCACAAUACGGGCCAACGGGUUUUAGAGUCCCGGGACUCAAGAGCAGGAAAGAGAAGCGAUUAAUUGAAGUAAUAUCUAGGGCUUAUCAUCUUUUCCUUUUUUCUUUCUUCUUGGAGUUCCAUGUCUGUAAUCUAUUCCUGUAGAUUAUCAUCUGGGGUUGUAAAUUGGUGGGAGGUUUACGACUUCCUUCACUGAUAAUUUAGGAGUCUGAAAUAGCUAUGUAAAAACUAGGGUCUUUGGAUGGGUUGGGGUUGGGGUUUGUAUGUCAGAAUUUGGUUUUAAGCUACAGAAAUUGCUGAAGCAUAUUAGCAAAUAUGCUGUGGGCUAACUCUAGUGGCCCAGUUGUUAAUGUUUACGAUGAUGAUGAUGGUUGUAAUAUUUGUAGUUUGAUAGCAUAAAUGAAAUAAUUAUUACUGGUGAUAAGAUCGUAAUGUGUAUUUUCAGGUACUGAAACUGGGCCGUGUGUUUAUUCUUGCUGAAUUUCCAUGUUCUUGUUCUAAAUUUGUGUGUUUUGAGUAGAAAGUUGGGGGGUUGGUGCUACUGGUUAGAACUUAGAAGUAGACAAUGGAUGGUGGCCGGAGGAGGGGAUGGACAGUCAACGGCGGUGGCUGGAGCGGCAGGAAGGAAGAUGAGGUCAAGAUUCUUGAUUUCAACCAUGAAAAAAAGACAAAGAAGAUGGUGGGCCGGCCUUGUUAAUUUGCAGAAAACAAGAUAGAUGACCAAAGAAAGGGUCAUUCUUGGAAGACGUAAUGAGAAGGGGGGAACAGUGCGGCGAAAUCAAGGGUAAAAGUCGGCAGAUCGCAUCACACCAAGAUUGCAAGUAACCUACCCACCCCCAAUUGAAGAAAUUCAGACCCUUCAUUUUGAAUAAGCAGGCAGCAUGAAA